ACAAAAAAACCCAUUCUCCCACGAUUCCCGAAAAACAAACCAACCCAAAUCUAAUCCAAUCAUCAUUCUCCCAAUUUCUUCUUCGAAUCCAUUUCAUUUGAUUACUUGUCGAUCAAAUUGAUUGUUCUGUUUUUGAUAAUGUCGGCCUGUAUUGGGGCCGGAACGAAGCUACGGUCCGUCCAGGCCUUCACUUCAUCGGUUUAUAAACAACUCCCUUUUGUAUCCAAUCCAUCUUGUUAUCAGAGCUUUAGCAGAUUUGAUUGUAGGCAGAUUUCUCAACUUGUUCAAUCCAAUGGCAAACGUCUCUUCCUUGUUGAUACAUUAGCGCUUGUUAGGAGAUUGGAAGGGCAAGGAGUGCCUUCGAAGCAAGCGGAAGCGAUUACGUCUGCGAUUACGGAGGUUUUGAAUGAUAGUUUGGAAAAUGUGGCUCAAUCUUUUGUUUCCAAGGCUGAAAUGCAAAGGAUUGAGAUGACACAAGAUGGUAAUUUGGGGAAGUUUAAGUCUCAAGUGCACAGCUCUCAGGAAAAUCAUUUCUCUAUGUUGCAACGUGAGACCGAAAAAUUGAGGAAUGAUAUAGAGAAGAUGCGCAGUGAGUUGAGGUAUGAAAUAGACAAAGUAACUGCUGGACAGCGUCUGGAUUUAAAUCUUGAACGAGGGAGAAUUCGGGAUGAACUAGCAAACCAAAACCAAGAAACUGCUAACCUCACAAACAAACUCGAUCGGGAAAUUCAUUCAUUAAGGGCACAGUUGGAAGCAGCAAAAUAUGAUGUGAUCAAGUACUGCAUAGGUACCCUUGUCUCCAUUUCUGCUGUUGGUUUGGCCGUGCUGCGGAUACUCAUGUAAACCACAAUCUUGCUAAUGUAACGGUUAGCGUUAACACAUAGAGAAGGAAACCAUGAUUACGAUUAGCUUCCCGCUUUUUAUGUUGCUCGUGAUCGAUUGGUGAAAUAUGUAACAUAAUUAAACUAAUAUUAACCAUGAGUUUACUGCACCAAUGAAGCUAACUACCACAUUGUUGCUUUGUUCCUUGUUGUUUAUUUAACUUUGUUGGAUUAUAUUUCUAUA